AUGGCUCGGCUACUCUCUCCUGUAUGUACAAAUGCAGUGAAACUCCAUAACCCAUCCUUAAACAUGAGUAGAAGAAGCUCAUGGAAGGCCAUGCCUAAGCCUGGAGCUUCUUGCACCUCGAUGGGUCUAAGGAGAGGUUGUGGCAGACUCAAGGUUACUUCCGUGAAUACCGCUUCUACUGAUUCUCUUGCUGAUGACUAUUAUGCUCUUCUUGGUCUGCUUCCGGAUGCCACACAAGAGGAGAUAAAAAAGGCUUAUUAUGAUUGCAUGAAGGCUUGUCAUCCAGACUUAAGUGGCAAUGAUCCAGAGACUACAAAUUUCUGCAUGUUCAUCAACGAGGUCUAUGGGGUCAGUGUAUUCUCAGUACAGCGCAUGGUUUAUGAUGAAAUUCAUGGCUAUGCAUGGACUGCAAUCAAUCCUUUCAUGGAUGAUUCCGCCCCCAAAGACUACGUAUUUGUCGAUGAGUUUAGUUGCAUAGGCUGCAAAAACUGUGCCAAUGUCACCUGCGAUGUGUUUAGAAUCGAGGCAGACUUUGGACGAGCCAGAGUUCAUAGUCAGUUUGGGAAUCCUGAAUUAGUGCAACACGCAAUAGACGGGGGCCCAGUUUAUUGCAUUCAUUUGACUUCUGCAGCACAGUUAUCGUUGCUUGAAGAUGAAAUGACCAGGUGGUCCAGGGUUGAAAGAGUUAAUGUAGCAUUGAUGCUUUCAGGAAUGGGAUCUUCAUCAAAUGUAUUCAGAAUGGCAAGUUCUCGAUGGGAAAAGAGACGGGCAAAAAUUUUGGAACAACCUAAAGUAAGGAUGAUGCAGCAGAAAGAUGGUGGUAAAACCGAUUCAUACUGGACCAACCUUUGGGGCAAGCCUAAAGAAUACAAUAAAUCAGAGGAGGAAGUGAAAGAGAAGGCAAGAAGGGCUGCAACAGCUGCAAUAAGAUGGAGGGAGUAUUCAAGAAGGGGUGUGGAUAAGGCUCCCACUAUUAAACUUCCAGAGGCUCUCUCCAACAAAGAUAAUUAAUUUAAACCACCACUAAUCUAUUUUUACCAUUCCUAAAGCU